AUGGCCUCAAUGUUCAAGAAAGUGCCCAAGAACGAUGCACAAACGACGUCUCCGGCGGCCAACAACAGCAACAGAGGAGGUGCUGGAAGUCGCCGCGGCACAUUCACCCGCCGACCUGGUCGGCAAAAGCUGACAGGCAGAUGGUUCUACACCUGCCAGAAUGGAAACGGCAGAAAGUGCGGCUUCUUUCUUUGGCAGGAUCCAGAUGCAAGACUACGGGAGGAGGCUGCUCUCCUGAGCAACUCUAGGACCGAACCCAAAAGUACGGCGGAUAAGCCAUUGUCCCCCAUACAUCAAUCGUCCCAGACAAUGCAGUCAUCUCCGAAUAGCACGUCAACACUGAGCCAUCCCAGCAGCACUCUGAAGCGACCAUUCUCUGACGCCGGCCUUGGUGAUGAUGCUGAUACUGACCACGAUUCGUUCCCUUGGUCUCUAUCAGGCCAAGAAGAAGUUGAGUUGCUUGACGCACCAGAGACACCACACAAGGCAAUCAAAUUCGACGGUCUCGCUACACCAGGGACUAGCGUGCACAGGAAGUUGCCAUGGCUAGAUCCAUCUGCCCAGGUACCAUCCACAGUCUCUUCGAAAGUAACUCCUUCCAAGCAAUCUACUCGGCCAUCACUUCCUACGUCGUUAAGUUCCAAACUGAGUGUUGUACAACACGGUGCCUUGACACCGCAGGUCACUCCAAGUCCCUCGCGCUUUCGCGACCCGUCAGCAGAUACAUCGCCUCUCCGAUCCACACUCAAUGAGGACGUCUUCGCCGCCCUGAACGACUCCAGCGUCAAACUGCCAGCGAGCUUGACAUCGAAACUUCGAGAAGUCUUGACUCGUCACGAGCUACCCAAGAUUGCUGAGCUUCAAGCCACCAUUGAAAGCCUUGAGGCAGAAAGAAAUGUUUGUCAUGCACGUAUUACAAGACUUGAAUGGGAGAAAGACAUGUUGGUGAGCAAUGAAGACUUUGACACAGAGUUGUAA